AGGCCGCUUCGCCCCGGCCCGCCGCGGGCCCCGCGGCGCGGGUGCCGCGAUGGCGGCGGCCAGCGCCCCGGCGGCGCGAGGCGCCCCCGCGGCCAUCCGGGACGACCCGCAGGGGGACCCGUCGGUGGAGGAGCUGCUGCAGGACGCGGAGUCCGCCUUUGGCGAGAUCUUCUCCGUGCGGGCGCCGCGCGACGUCUUUGCCGGGCUGUGGAGUGGCGCUUCGUGCGUGUUGAGUGGCAUAUUCAUCGGGCUGGCUGGCCUCAUCACCCAGCCCUUUGAAGGCUUCCGCGACGCUGGGGUGCCUGGCUGCUUUCGUGGCGUCGCGCUGGGUGUGGCCAGCGGCCUCUUCUUCGGGCUGACCGGGCUGUGCACCGGCGUGUUCCAGGCACCCAUUGAGAUACAGGACAGCUGCCCCGGUUGA